AAAAGAAAAUAAAAAAAGUAUUAGAUAAAAUGUGAAAAGCAAGACAUAACAAGAAAAUACAACAACAACAGGAACAAAUAAAACAAAAUAACAAUACGUCUGAAGCUGCCGUUACAAAGGCAUAAAACAGCAACAGCACAGCUCCGCAUCUACAUCUACUAACGCUGUGUUGUGCUCCUUUUACCUUCCCAUAUUUCAGUACUUGGGAAAUACAGUUUUUCAUCAUGUUCUACCAUAUCUCCCUGGAACAUGAGAUUCUGCUGCACCCUCGCUACUUUGGGCCACAGCUGAUGGAUACUGUGAGACAGAUGCUGUUCACUGAAGUGGAGGGAACCUGUACUGGAAAGUACGGGUUCGUCAUCGCCGUCACCACCAUUGAUCAUAUUGGCUCGGGCAUGAUUCAGGUUGGCCGAGGAUUCGUAUUGUACCCCAUCAAGUACAAAGCCAUCGUGUUCAGACCCUUCAAAGGGGAGGUGCUGGAUGCUGUUGUCACUCAAAUCAACAAGAUUGGACUCUUCUGUGAAAUUGGACCCAUGCAGUGCUUCAUCUCCAGACAUUCAAUCCCUCAGGAUCUAGAAUUUGAUCCUAACUCCAACCCUCCGUGCUACAAGAGCAGAGAUGAGGAAGUUGUUAUUCAACAGGAUGACGAAAUAAGAGUGAAAAUUGUUGGCACCAGAGUUGACGCUACUGACAUAUUUGCCAUUGGAACACUUAUGGAUGAUUACUUGGGUCUCACCAGCUGAAGAGCAACAGACACAUCUUGCAUCCUUUAUUGUAACAUUAGUCAUUCAUGUCUACUUUAGAUAUCAUUUUCAUCUCAAAGAAACUGUGUCAGUUUUGACGUGAUUUCAAAUAAAAGUAAUUUUGUA